AUGUCUUCAGGGUCCACUGUUUCAACCUCAGUGAGGACCAUUGAGUCCAUCAAGCACAGCCGAGGUGAGCAUGUGACCCAGCCCUCCAGUCAGCCCCAUGGGGACUGGGAGAGUGAACAGAGACUGAUAGAGCGCACCAAGAGGCAGAGCAUGCAGGACAUGCUGGAUGCAUACAUCUACCACCCUGUGGUGAGCAAGGACUACCAGGACGGCGCAGCACCAGAGUACGAGGACUACAGAGGGGAGGCCACUCUACACCACCGCCUCCGCCACGAGUGCUUCCAGAAGGCCCAGGAGGCGCACAGGCGUGGCCUCAAACAGGUCGCAGCGUUCUACUCACAGCAGGGCCAUCAACACACUCAAAGGAUUAAAGAAGCAAACAUGAGGGCAUCGGAACACAUCUUGGCUGAAAGGCGGGAGCUUCUAGAUGAGCACAAUACUCUGGACCUUCAUGGUCUCCAUAUAGACGAGGCAUUGGUGGCCCUGGAACGCAUCAUCACACAGAAAAUAAGUGAGAGACGUAAACACCUGAUAGUGAUCACCGGGCGGGGGGCUCACAGCCGAGGGGGCGUGGCGAGGCUGAGACCUGCCGUCCUGCAGUACCUGAAGAAGCAACAGUACAGCUAUAGUGAAGAGCAGACAGGCGUGCUGAAGGUAUCAUUGAAAAAUGCAGCGUAAGAUUGGGUCAGGUCAUUUAGUAUCUACGCCAUCUCAUUGAAGUAUGCAGAGUAUUGCUCGCAGUGGUUCUGUAGCAAUAAGCCAUCUGGAAUGGUCUUGUCUUAUCUACAACUACACAUGUCAUUUUGUUUGAAAUGUGUAGGUUCGAUCUUUCAUGCUGGUUACAGUGUAAAGGUGCGAUCUUAAAGUGUGUAGUUACAAUAUUUCCUGUAUUUUUUUUACUAAACAGAUUUUAAUAAGUCUUGAAAGUUUGCUCAAAAUGAAUAAGAAAGUACUAAUGUGUAGAUUUUUUUCAUCUUUCAUCAGUUUUAUGUUGCAAUAACCAACUGUCAAGUCAAUGAAAUUGCAAAUAUCAGGUUCAAUAUUAAAGGACAACAACUAUAUGAUAAUUAAAAAGAUAUUUUUUUGUUUUUAAUGGCAAUAUUGGUCCUAUAUUUGUAUAUUUUAAGUACAACUACACCUUUGUAAACUUUAUUAGUUGCAAUUCGCCUCUAUGAGUGUACAAGAUGUUGUGGUCCAAAAUGUGGACAGGGUAGUUCCUGACCAGACUGCGUGAAUGCUCAGUCUGGCCUGGAGCUAAGCUAGGCUAUUUUGCUUGACCUACUUUUGGUUGACACCGCUUACAUGAGUUGUAUAUAACAUUUUUUAAUAUACUUAGAUGAUUGGUAUUGGAUUUGUAUAUAUAUGUGUACGUUUUAUAUUUUAUAAUGAAAAUUGAUUCUGUAAUUGUUAACAAUGUAUGUUUUUAAUACUCUUCAGCAUGAAUUAAUUGUCUCAUUUCAGAACUCAUUGUCAUCUCAUUAAAGCGAGUAUGUACGAUUUUUAUAUGUGUUAAAUUGUAAUAUAUUGAUAAAAAUAUGUUACAAUAACACAAAAAAGGCAAGCAAAAUUAUACAUUGACGACGAAUGUCAUAAAAUGCAGCAAAGACAAAUUAGCGCAUUGCAUUAUUGAAGAUAGGAACUUCAUAUUUGGCAUGCAUGUGUAUCUCACGGAGCUGCACAUUGUGAAUGGUGAAAGGUCAAGGUCAUCUUUAAAGGUCAAAGGUCAAAUAUCAUUGUAUUUUUCUUUCCAAAAACUUUAACCUUCGUUAAAGUUUGGUCAUAACCUUUUUAAUAUUGAAGAUAGCAACUUGAUAUUUGGCAUGCAUGUGUAUAACAUGGAGCUGCACGUUUUGAGUGGUGAAAGGUCAAGGUCAUCCUUCAAGGUCAAAGGUCAAAUUUAUGGCUUCAAAGUGGAGCAAUAGGGGGCAUUGUGUUUCUGACAAACACAUCUCUUGUUUAAAAUUUAUAUUGAAAUAUAUGUAUAAUAAGUUUUUUACACAUUUUAUAUAAAUUCAUAAAUAUUUUACAAAAUCGUCAUACUGGCUUUAACAUUAAAUUAUAUUUGAUACUCUAUGCAAUAGCUGAAUAGAAUAUAUUUUUUAGAUGAAUUCAUAUUCAAUUCAUUGACUCGGCUGCAUAUAGCUAGAAACUGUGUUUUUUUUUAAAUUAAGUUAAAAUAUAGACAGAUAUAAAAAUCUAGAUAGUAACUAGGCAUAUUGCCUUUCUAGUUAUAUACUAGCGAUCUCAGAAUUCUCUUAGGUGUCUUAGAUGCAUAAUUUAUGAACUUCAAACGACCUUGAGCAGAGGUGAAGUAAAUAAAUAGUUGUAUAUUUGUAUGUAUAUAUAACCAUUAUGCACAUUGAAACAAUGAAUUUAACAUAAAAUAUUUAAAAAUGUUCAAUGUUUACCAAAUUUUAAUAAAUUUGUACUGUGAUUAUUAUGACAAAUUUCAAUAUUUUCCUCACUUACAGAUAUACUAAUGUAAUGAUUAUUAUUAAUUGUUUAUUGUUCUUUUACAUUUACAUCUCUGAAGUGCUUAUACUAUGUUUGUAAAUAUGAUUGUUACAAUUUUAUUUGAAUGUCGUUUUUAAACGAAAUGUACUUGCAAUUUUGCUGUUGUUACUCCGUUUUUCUCAAUAAAAUUAAUGCAUGUAGUUACAUUGUUUCAUUUGAGUAUGGUUAUCUUGUUGGAAGGUAAAUCAAAAUUAGUCGUGCUCUGUGAAAAAGGGGUUUACUGCAUGUGCGUAAAGUGUCGUCCCAGAUUAGCCUGUGCAGUCCACACAGGCUAAUCAGGGACAACACUUUCUGCCUAUACUUCAUUAUGCUCCCCCAAAAAAUUUGGAGGGGAGCAUAUAGUCGCUGCUUCGUCUGUCCGUCCGUGUGUCCGUCCGUGCACAAUUUUUGUCCGGGCUAUUUCUCAGCAAUUAAUGACCGCAAAUCAAUGAAACUUGAUGGGAAGCUUCACUACCAAGAGGAGAUGUGCAUAUUAUCAGCCGGUUCUGGUCGGAUGAUUUUUCACAGAGUUAUGGCCCUUUGAUAUUUUCCAUUAACUGUACAUAUAGUGCAAUUCUUGUCCGGGCUAUUUCUAAGCAACUAAUGAACAGAAUUCAAUGAAACUUUAUGGGAAGCUUCACUACCAAGAGGAGAUGUGCAUAUUAUCAGCAGGUUUUGGUCGGAUGAUUUUUCACAGAGUUAUGGCCCUUUGAAAUUUUCUAUAAAAAAAUUAUUGUCCCCCCAACUACUGUGCCGUCAAGACGUUUCCUUUUAUCUGAAUAUAUAGUGCAAUAUUGUGACAAAAAAACCUUUGGGGAGCUUCACCCGUCUGCGACAGUUUCUUGUUUAUUCUAAGAAGAGACUUUCUUUAAAUGUAAAUUAUCAUAAAAGCGGAAAGUGUCGUCCCUGAUUAGCCUGUGUGGACUGCACAGGCUAAUCUGGGAUGUCACUUUACACACAUGCAUUAAAGCCUUUUUCACAGAGCACGGCCUAAAUGUAUAUUUGUUACGUGGUAUAUGUGAGUCAGGUUAAGAUUGACUGCUAAUCAUUAAUCAGUGAUGUUGCUGUAUAUAAUGUAUGUAAUAUUGUUGACAUUUUGUUUGAAUAUAUAUCUUUUAUUUUGUUUGUUAUUACAGUAUUCUAUACAUUUAAAAUGCAUUCAUUUUAACAGUGUACAAGUGAGUUAUACAGAACACACAAAGCAGGGUUACUCAUUGAUUUGGGCACUAAAUCAAAAUAUGAUACCUUUAAAUAAUAAUACUGAAGAUCCAUUCACUGUUAACAGUUACAUUUUUUGAAUUGUGUAAUUAUUUAUGUAUUUAUGUAUACAUUUGCAUCAUUGGUGAUAGGAAAUAUUAAGAAAUGUGUAUUCAUACAGUUUCCACAUUAAUCAUUAAGCAUGAAUUCAUUUGAAUAGACAAGUACAUCUUUUCAUAUGUUAUUUCAAUACAUGUAAAUAUGCUUAUCUUUUUUCUGAUAUUUGCCCUGUAGGACUUACCGGUAUGAUUGACUGGUAUUCUUAUGUGCCCACAUGAAAUGUGUACUCACCUUAAAAAAAUCACUAAUUAUGGUUUGAAAAUCAAAAUAACAUUUUCCUACUUCAAUAACAUCAAUUUAUAAUAUUUGUAUAUGAUGUUUUUUUUUUAUUAUUAUGGUCUGGUAAUUUCCUUAAUGUCCCACAGUGCAUGAUAAAAAAUUCCUGAACAUGACAGUAAAUACAAUUAUUUUGACAAAAUAAUGAUUUUUAUGUAUUCGAUUUAAUUUUUAUUUCAUGGAAAAAGAUGUGCAGUAAGUUCCUGUUUGCAUACAUGUGUCAGUGAACAAUCAAUAUUCUAAAGCAGAUGUGACAUUUUGCAUUUUCAAGAAUGAAUUAUGAAAGUACACGAGCAACCAUUGGUGCGAACAUUUUUACAUCACCUUGUUGCUAGUUUACAUUGUGAACCCGGGGGG